UACAGAAAUGCCCAUGAUGUGUUAUUCAGCAUGUAUCAGGAACUAAUGAGGCAGAAGAUCAAGAUUCCCACAGAAAUGUACACUAAUCUUACUAUCUUGCACAGCUACAUUUUGGUGAAGAUACACGUCAAACGAGGAGAUCAUAUGAAAGGUGCACGAAUGCUGAUACGAGUGGCCAACAACAUCAGCAGGUUUCCUUCUCACGUUGUUCCUAUAUUAACAUCAACAGUCAUAGAGUGCCAUCGAGCAGGGUUGAAAAAGUCUUCAUUUGGUUUUGCUGCGAUGCUUAUGAGACCAGAAUACAGAAACGAAAUAGACCUCAAGUACAAGAAGAAAAUAGAAGCUAUUGUAAG